AUGAAUGUCGACAUCAGGCGGGAACUUAAGGAUGUGAAGCUAACGGUCGAGUACUACACGGUGUUUGGCAGUAAGGUGAGCCAGAAUCCGCUAGUGUCCCGAACGGUAGACUUUUGCGCCUUUCUGAAGGAUCCGGCGAGAAAUCGGUUGGUGAACGUGCUGUAUGAAGUCAUCAAUCGUAACACCAAUCUUCCCACCAAGUGUCCGAUGCAACCGGGCAUCUACUACAUUCGCGACAUUCGCCUUUCAACGAUUUCUCUGCCUGGAAUGUUGCCUGAGAGUGGAUUCGUAAUGAAGGAGCUGUUUGUUGGAGCGGGACCCCAGCGCAAACCGCUGUACUACAUUGAAGUUGUGGGCAAAAUUGUGCGAGUCAGGGAUUUAUAG